AUGCAAGAUGAAGAAAGAUACAUGACACUGAAUGUGAAGUUGGAAAAAAGGAGUUCUAUCCAAACAUCCCAAAUUAAAUUUAAAGGUUGUUCUGUGAUGUACUGGUACAAAAUCUUAUUGGGGAUAUCCGGAGCAGUAAAUGGUAUUCUGGUUUUGACUUUUAUCUCCCUGACUCUGUUGGUUUCUCAAGGAGUGUUGCUAAAAUGCCAAAAAGAAAAUGAUUCAAAUAUCACCCACCAUGAUGAUAUUGGAAACCUGGAAAUGAAUAGUGACCCAAGAGGAAAUAUGAGUGAUAAAGACAUGGACCACUGUGCUUCAAGUGUUACAGACCAUGGAGGAUUGUGCCCAUCGGAAUGGCUCAAAUAUCAAGAAAAGUGUUAUUGGUUCUCUAAUGAGUUAAAAAGUUGGAAUGACAGUUAUGGGCAUUGUUUGAGAAAAAACUCUCAUCUAGUAAUAAUUAAGGACCAACUUGAAAUGGCUUUUAUACAGAAAAACCUAAAACAAUCAAACUACGUGUGGAUUGGACUUAACUUUACCUCCCAGAAGAGGACAUGGAACUGGGUGGAUGGUUCUCCAUUAGUUUCAAAGAUAUUCUUCAUAAAAGGACCAGCUACAGACAACAGCUGUGUUGCCAUCAAGGGAAACAAAAUUUACUCUGAAACCUGCAGCAGUGUUUUCAGAUGGAUUUGUCAAUGUUAG